ACGAGAGGGGGGAGGGAUUCCGGCACGACCCCUGGAUCGUGGCUGUUCUUCGUGGGAGAGACGACGGAGGCCCAGAUUCCAACGCUCCAAUCGCUCGCGCGGAGCGCAAGAAUCGCAGAGAAAGUAGCUAACGCUGGGAGAGGAUCUGGAGCAUAUCGAUCGGUGUGGAUUUAGGUUGGAUCAGGGUUUCCAGGAUCGAUCGCCGGGGGAUCGUCUAGGUCAGUGCCAGCGCUUGCAUUUUUCUUCAUGAGCGGCAGUGCCUAUGGCGUCGCCCAGCCGGCGCGAGCAGCAGCAGCAGCAACAGCAGCAGCGGCAGCGCGCUCUACCCUCAUUGAUUGAUUUCGGCGAUGACAAUGAUCCAGCGACCAGUUCGUCGAUGUCGGAUCCUUUCGGGUGGGCGGGAGGAGGAGCGGCAGCAAGCAAUGGCGGCACGGACUUCCGCUCAUCGGAUUCCUUCUCCACGCCCUACAAACCAUCCCAGCAGCAUCGCAAGUUCACGCAGCAGCAGCAAACGCCUUCUCCCCAGCCGGACCUUCUUACUGGCGAUUUUCCAGUGACGCCUCCAACAACGAUUCCGGGAGUCCCUCCUCCCUUCCCAGCCUCAUCCAGCUCCUCCAAUUCAUCCAAUCCAUUCGACAGCCCCUCGGAUGGCCCGUUCGUCGCCAGGAACACCAACGAUCGCUACUCGCCUCCUUCCGUCUCAUCGUCGCCAGCAAACAAGACCGUUGCCAACAGCAGCAGUAGUAAAGCUCCUUCCACCAAGAACUUCCGACAUUCCCAAAGCACUCCAGAGCUCAAGCCCGCCGUUCCAUCGUCGUCGCCACCAAAGGCCCACGCCGGAGCUUUGCAUGGGCCAUCAGCUUCCGAGGGAGUGAUCCCCUUGCGCGGGAGUCUCAACAAGCUAAGUCCACAGGCAUUGCCGCCAGCCACAGUCAUGAAGCGCUCGAGCGAAUUCAUCGCCGGUGGUGGCAAAGGUGUUUACAAGCCUCCUCUGCGGGGCCCCGUGGAUCCGGACAGGCCCGUCCCCUUCGAUCUAAGACCAUCGCCCAUGAGAACCAACCAGCCAGCCAGAGCUCUCACUUGCACGGGCUCUUCCGUGUGGCUGGCUUGCGAUGGCGCUCUCAAAGUCUGGGACGUCGCGAAUGCCAUGUCUCACGGAAGUGGUGGCGAUGGAAAUCCUCCCGACGAUAUCGAUGCCGCGGCUUUCACGUAUAUGGGUGUGGAAGGCAUGACUCUAUGCCUCGUCGCUGACGCUGCCAACAAGCUUGUGUGGAGUGGACACAGGGAUGGCAAAGUCAGAGCUUGGAGCACCGAGGAACUUGUGAGGUCCAGGCGAAGAACGGAGCCGAGCUUGUGCUGGAUUGCUCACCGCUCUCCGGUGUUGUCCAUGGUCAUCACCACGUAUGGGGAGUUAUGGACUGGCUCUGACGGUGGUGCUAUCAGAGCUUGGCCAUGGGAGACAACGUCUCAUGCUCUUUGCCGGGCAGAAGAAGAAACUAUGUCUGCGGCGUCACUGAUGGCACGCUCCUAUGUGGACCUCAGAGCCCGCGGAACUGCUGCUGGUGCGACCAGCCUUGCCAAUACGGAUGUUUACUUUCUGCUGUCGGAGCACGCGAAUGGGAGAGUUUGGAGCGGCGGACCGCUCGCUCUUGCGAUAUGGGAUGCGAGAACAAGGGACGUGUUAAAAGUUUUUGGGCCGAGUGUUCAGUCCGAAUUCUCCAGCCCAGAUAUUUCUCCUGUUCGGGACAGUAUGUGGGACGAUGAUGUCAGGUCCUCGAUGUCGAAAGCAUCAAAGAAAGAAAAAGCUGGUACGUUAAGCUUUUUCCAGCGCGUUAUUGGAGCUGCUGAUGCUGUUCGACGGGCUGCCAGCGGUGGUCAAGGUGGCGACGAUAGUAAGAAGGUGGACGCAUUGGUGGCCGCAGUUGAUGGAACAGUAUGGGGAGGAUAUCCAAGUGGAAUGAUCAUUCAAUGGGAUGGACUGGGCAAUAGGUUACAGGCAACCAUCUUCAUACCGGUUCCGGUUCGCAGCUUGUGUGCGGUGGGCACUAGAAUCUGGGUGGGCUAUGCGGACGGUCGAAUUCAAGUGCUUGCAGAUACAGGCAAGGUCCUCGGGGUGUGGAUAGCUCACAGUGCCGCUAUCGUCCAUAUGGAAAAGUGUGGGAGUUUCGUGUUCACAAUGGCUCUUCACGGUGGCAUUCGCGGUUGGAAUAUCGGAUCGCCUUGUCCAAUUGAUGGGAUACUUCAGAUCGAGAUGCAGUCCAAGGCAGAAACAUACACGCAAGAAAGAACUUUUAAAAUUCUAGCAGGAACUUGGAAUGUAGCAGAGGAGAAGGCGAGCUUGAAAUCCAUGCAGAUGUGGCUAGCAUCUGCGACACACGCUGGCGUUGUGUUUGUAGGACUGCAGGAGACCGAGAUGAGUGCCGGAGCUAUUGCCAUGGCAGCAGCAAAAGAAACGGUAGGAUUGCAAGAGAAGAGCAGUGCGAAUGGACAAUGGUGGCUGGAUAAUCUCGGUGCAGCUCUGGGUGAGAACCAGGACUUUGUUCGUGUUGGUUCGCGUCAACUUGCUGGGAUUCUUAUUGGUGUCUGGGUCCGAAACGAACUUAUUCCUUUUGUUGGAGAGAUCGAUGCUGCAGCUGUUCCCUGUGGGUUUGGCCGUGCUCUUGGUAACAAAGGAGGAGUAGGAGUUAAAAUCCUCCUUUACAGAAGAACUUUUUGUUUUUUAAGCAGUCACUUGGCUGCACACAUGGAUGCCGUUGGUCGACGAAACGCGGAUUUUGAGCACAUUUACCAUCAGAUGAAAUUUGGUCGUUCUUCCGGUGGAUCAGCAUUCCGUGGGGCAACCGUGCGUAAAACUGCGUCUCCUGACGCACAGGAAGUGGGAAAGGAGGUAGUGGAGUCGGAAACGGUCAUAGAAGCAAUGAUGCCCGAUCUAGCGGAUGCGGACAUGAUUGUUUGGGUUGGAGACUUCAACUACAGGAUAGAUGAUCUUGCGUAUGAAGACGCAAUAGACUUGAUAUCGUCCAGACAAUGGGAAGUUUUACUUCCAAAGGAUCAACUACGUAUAGAGAUGACCGGUGGAAGAGUUUUCCAGGGAAUGCGAGAGGGCCCCCUACGAUUCCAGCCAACUUACAAGUUUGACAAGGGAUACAGUAACCCUCUCGGCUAUGAUUCAAGUGAGAAGAAACGGAUACCAGCUUGGUGUGAUCGUGUAAUUUUUAGAGAUAGCUACGAUGGGACAGAAGCCAAGAAGAAAUUUAAUCUUUCGCACCCAGUGUCAGCAUCAGUAAUAUCCUACGACGCGUGUAUGGAUGCACUAGACAGUGACCACAAACCUGUGAGGUGUCUACUUAACGUUGAUAUUGCUGUGAUCAACGAAGCAGCAAGGAGGAGAGCAUUUUGCGAGCUAAUGUUGAACAAUCCUCACGUCCAGAAGUGGAUGGAUCAGCUCAACUCUAUACCGGAGACGGUUGUCAGCACUAACAAGAUCAUCCUCGAGGACGGCGUGCCUUCUAUUCUCAAAGCAAUCAACGAGAGCAGCAGGCAGUGCGUAGUUUUUGAGCUGCGCUGCGAAGGCGAUCCAGCAGAAGCCACUGUAAGCGCAGCGGCUAGAGUAACGGUUAGAGCUGGAUUCGGGCUCCCACCUUGGUUACAGGUUACGCCCGCUUCAGGGAUGAUACCACCGAAAGGAAGCAUGGAAAUCAAUCUCAAGUUUAUGAACGUUUUGCCGGACGAGUUCAUGGAAGGUGGAGGCCCGGCGUUUGGCCUGGACAACCGCGGCAAAGCUGUGAACUUGGUCUUCUCCUACAAAGGAUCACUCUCGAGCUCGUGCAAGAGGUACCAAGUUGCUGUUUCUAGUCCUUCAGUCGGGCAGGGAAGUCAAGACCGGGAGCCAAAGUUCCGGCUCCAAAGGUCGAACGUUCUAGCAUCCAGGCUCAACUCGGAGGACACGAAAGAUCUUCUCUUGUUGUGACCACCGGAGAGAGCGCGAGAAGAGUUUUUGCAGCAGAGCACGAGUUUGUAGGUGAGAGCUUUAUUUUUUCCUACUCUUGGAGGGAUUCUUCUUUUUUUUUUCUUGGAGAUUUCUCAGCGCUUCCAACAUUUCUUGUGGCAUGCAGAUUUGUACAUUCAUUCUUAGCAGCUCGAGUGGGAAAGAAAAGAAAUUGUUUACCACGAGAGAGGCGAUUAUAAAUAAACAUUGGUUUUACAGCUUAA